GCCCUCUGCCGGGCCGAGCCCGAGACGCCGCUCCCUCCAAGGGCGACCCCAGGGACUCCGGCAGCGAGCGCCGGCAGGAGGAGCCGGAGGCAGGGCUAGGCGACGGACACCCGGUCCCCGAGCCAGGUCCUUGGGCCAGAGCUUUUUCCAUGCAGAGGCUCUUUCGAUGGACGUCUCCCCGCGGGCUUCUUAGACGGACCGCCGUCUCCUAAAGGUCGACCAUGGUGGCCGGGACCCGCUGUCUUCUAGCGUUGCUGCUUCCCCAGGUCCUCCUGGGCGGCGCGGCCGGCCUCCUCCCGGAGCUGGGCCGCAGGAAGUUCGCGGCGGCAGCGGCGGCAGCGGCGGCAGCGGCGGGUCGCCCCUCAUCCCAACCCUCGGACGACAUCCUGAGCGAGUUCGAGCUGCGGUUGCUCAGCAUGUUCGGCCUGAAGCAGAGACCCACCCCCAGCAGGGACGCCGUGGUACCCCCCUACAUGCUGGACCUGUACCGCCGGCACUCGGGCCAGCCUGGCGCGCCCGCCCCGGACCACCGACUGGAGCGGGCUGCCAGCCGCGCCAACACGGUGCGCAGCUUCCAUCACGAAGAAUCUUUGGAAGACCUGCCAGAAACAAGUGGGAAAACAACUCGGCGAUUCUUCUUUAAUUUAACUUCUAUUCCCCCUGAGGAGUUUAUCACCUCGGCGGAGCUUCAGGUUUUCCGAGAACAGAUGCAGGAAGCUUUGGGCAACAAUAACACUUUCCAUCACCGAAUUAAUAUUUAUGAAAUUAUCAAACCCGCAACAGCCAACUCGAAAUUCCCCACCAGCAGACUGCUGGACACCAGGCUGGUCAAUGGGAACACCAGCCAAUGGGAGAGCUUUGACGUCACCCCUGCCGUGAUGCGCUGGACAGCUCAGGGACAGGCCAACCACGGGUUCGUGGUGGAAGUGACUCACUCGGAGGAGAAGCCAGGUGUCUCCGAGAGACACGUGAGGAUUAGCAGGUCUUUGCACCCAGACGAACACAGCUGGUCGCAGAUCCGGCCUCUGCUGGUAACUUUUGGCCAUGAUGGGAAGGGACACCCCCUGCACAAAAGAGAAAAGCGUCAAGCAAAACAUAAGCAGCGGAAACGCCUCAAAUCCAGCUGUAAGAGACACCCUUUGUAUGUGGACUUCAGUGACGUGGGGUGGAAUGACUGGAUUGUGGCCCCUCCGGGCUACCACGCCUUUUAUUGCCACGGGGAGUGUCCCUUUCCCCUAGCUGAUCACCUAAACUCCACUAAUCAUGCCAUUGUUCAGACUUUGGUCAACUCCGUGAACUCCAAGAUUCCCAAGGCGUGUUGUGUCCCGACCGAACUCAGCGCCAUCUCCAUGCUAUACCUUGAUGAAAAUGAAAAGGUUGUAUUAAAGAACUAUCAGGACAUGGUUGUGGAGGGUUGUGGGUGUCGCUAGCACAGCAGGAUUUAAAUAAAUAAAUAUAUUAUAUAUAUAUAUAUAUAUAUUUUAGGAAAAAAAGCAAAAACAAACCGAGAAAAAUACACAAAAAGACAAAAAAACAAAACCAGUUGACACUUUAAUAUUUCCCAAUGAAGACUUUAUUUAUGGAAUGGAAUGAAAAAAAACACAGCUAUUUUGCAAAUAUAUUUAUAUCUACAAAAAGAAGUUGGGAAAACAAAUAUUUUAAUCAGAGAAUUAUUCCUUAAAGAUUUAAAAUGUAUUUAGUUGUACAUUUUAUAUGGGUUCAACCCCAGCACAUGAAGUAUAAUGGUCAGAUUUAUUUUGUAUUUAUUUACUAUUAUAACCACUUUUUAGGAAAAAUAGCUAAUUUGUAUUUAUAUGUAAUCAAAAGAAAUAUCAGGUUUGUAUAUAAUUUUCCAAAAUUGUAGUUGUGUUCAGUUGUGUGUAUUUAAGAUGAGAAGUCUACAUGGAAGGUUACUCUGCAAAGUGCUUAGCACAUUUGCUUUUUUGCAGCGCUACUGUUAAGUUCACAAGUUCAAGUUCACACACACACAAAAAUGGAUAAUCCACUCUGCUGACUUUCAAGAUUAUUAUAUUAUUCAAUUCUCAGGAAUGUUGUAGAGUGGUUGUCCAAUCCAUGAGAACUUGCGUCCUUAUUAGGCGGCAUAUUUGGAAAAGAAUCAGACAUUACUGAUCUAAUAUGGAAACCCUGCCCCCCCCCAACCCCUUCAUUUACACAAAGAGUAAAACAGGACCAAUGGAAGUAAUUCGGAAAACGAAGACCCUGCAGGAAAGUGAAUGAUGGUUUGUUGUUCUUUCCUAAACUAGUGAUCCCUUUGAAGGGACUGACCUGGCCAAAAUAUUCAAUAAAACAUAAGAUUUCUUCAUUAUUGAUAUUGUGGUCAUGUAUAUCUAAAGUUGAUUUCUUGUGGCCCUUGGCAGGAGUUUCCAACUGGUUUAUAUUU